AUGCCUCCUCCGACCCCCCGGUCCAACAGAGCACUGCCUUGGAUGGAAGAUGACGUGCCCAUCAUAGAUUCCACAGAGAGCUUCUCGGACGUCACGUUCAAGGUCUUCACGUAUAUCGCAAAGGCCGUCGAUGCCGCCUACACAUAUGAGCAGCUCCGCACGUCGGUUGUUGGACAGACCCUGAAACCACUAAUCUCGAAGCUCAGCGAAGAUUGCCACCACCCUGCAGUUGUGGCCGCCCUUCUAGCUGCAAGAUAUCUAUUUACCAAUGACUCCGGAGACACAGAUAGUGGCCUCAAUGAAAGCAGAGGGCUGGCGUGUGAGUUGGUUGCUUGGCAGUUUCUCACCUUCUUGUCCGAGAAGGAACUGAUCGACUACCUCCUGUACGAACUGCCAGAGUAUUCUGAAGAUACCUCUUCCGAGCAUGCCACACCUCAGGGCAACGGUAAUCACAGAGACAGCAUCGCAGACGAGGCGUCGCCGCUGAUACGUGAACGGCACGACGAAUAUGGUGGGCUUCGGCCGCCCAGGCGCGUCUCUGUUGACAACCCGGCCGGCACAACGGUCAGCUUCCCUGGCGACCCGGAUGGCUCUCCUCUCCUGAACCUUGAUCAAUCAAUGGCUGGAAUGAAUGCUCUGGAAAUUGCUGCCAUUGGAGACGCGAAGAAAUUUCUGUCCCAAAAUCCUGUUCAGAAGAUUGUCGAGGACAUCUGGAAUGGGGAUGUCAUCUUCUGGGAAUCGCUUUCUGUUCAUGCCGUCAAAAAGGCCAGAAUGUACAACAAGCGCGUUGCUGAUCCGUUCACGCGUUUACGGGUCCCCAAAUACCAGAAAACCUUCCAAGUGGCUUUCUUCAUCUCCUUCCUCAUCCUCUACUAUGCUGUUCUGGUUGAGCGCAACCCUAGCCACAUCACCCCCACGGAAGCCGUACUGUAUGUCUGGAUUGCUGCUUUUGCGUAUGACGAGUUUGGAGAAAUCAAAGACGCCGGCUUGAUGUUUUACCAGACAGAUUUCUGGUCGCUGUGGGACAUUGCGAUAAUUGGCGUGAGCGCGGCCUUUGUCGUGAUGAGGAUCAUUGGACUCAUGAGAAACAGCGACUAUCUCAUUGACGUGGCGUUUGAUAUCUUGUCGAUGGUGGCCUUAUUUCUGGUGCCGAGGAUCUUUUCUGUCAUGAGCCUAAACCCUUAUUUUGGAAGCUUGAUUCCCGUACUCAAGGAAAUGACCAAAGCAUUCUGCAAAUUUCUUCCCGUCAUUAUUGUGCUGUACCUAGGCUUCUUGACUACCUUCACCAUGCUCGCUCGAGAUCGAAUGACGUUGAAUGAGAUGUCGUGGAUGCUGAUAAAGGUCUUCUUUGGAUCGAGCUAUCUUGGAUUCGACAUGGCUGUCAAGAUCUCUCCACUGUUCGGAUACACAUUGAUGCUGAUUUUUGUGUGCUUGACGAACAUCUUGCUCAUCACAUCACUCGUAUCGUUAGUCUCGAACUCUUUGACCGAGGUCAUGGCUCAUGCCAGGGAGGAAUACCUCUUCCAAUAUUCAAUCUAUGUCCUCGAAAGCAGCACCUCCCGGCGACUGACCUACUUCUUGCCGCCGCUCAACUUGUUCCCGCUGCUCUUGCUGCGACCGCUCCGGCUAGUGCUUCCCUCAGAAGACGUUCGCCGAAUACGCAUCGCAAUGCUCAAGGCCACCCAUGUCCCUUUCCUCGCCAUUAUCUGGACUUAUGAGAAAUCUAUGCGCAUGGUAUCUCGUGCUCAUCCAACCAUAAGUAAGGCUCCGCAUUUGACAAGCCGGCCUCUCAGUGCGGGCCAAUUCAGUCUUGGUGGUGCUCAAGAUUUUGUGAAGUCCCCGUCGAGCCGACGCGCGCUUCCUGACGCUUCUCCAACGAGAAGUCCCGAUGUCACAGGUUCCACCACGAAGUCUGCCUCGGGCGGUGCCGAGAACACUGAGCUUUUGGCCCUUGUUCAUAAGCUGAGCGCUCAGGUCGAUGGCUUGACUGCUAUGGUGGCCGGCCAGCAGAAAGACUGA